AUGAGCAGUUCUGCUGCUGGAACCUCAUCAAAACCAAGAGCAGCUUCGUCACAACCAUCAGAAACUUCAUCUAAGCGCAAAAGAGGAGUUUUCCAAAAAGAAUUGCAGCACAUGAUGUAUGGCUUUGGAGAUGAUCCUAAUCCUCUUCCUGAAAGUGUGGCUCUGAUGGAGGACAUUGUUGUGGAAUAUGUCACAGAACUGGUACAUAAAGCCCAAGAUAUUGGAUCUCAAAGGGGGAAGCUAUCAGUUGAGGAUUUCCUCUAUUUGAUUCGCAAGGAUUUGCCGAAACUUAACCGCUGUACAGAACUAUUGUCUAUGAAUGAAGAGCUGAAACAAGCAAGAAAGGUUUUUGAAUCAGAUGAAGAGAAACUGAGGAAGGUUUUUGAGGUGGACGAGACAGUUGAAGGAUGA